AUGCCGACACGCUUCGCAGGCGGCGGCUCACGCUUACCCGCCGCGACCCCCAAGCCCUUCCGUCCCGCUCCCGCCCGCAGUCCCGUCUCCGCCGGGUCCAGGCGAGCGGCGCCGCUGUGCGGGAGCCGCCUGAGAGGGCGGGGGGGGGACGGACCCGGCCACAUGGGGCGGAAAGGCGGCCCGGCCGGCCGGCCUGCCUGCCCGCCACCCCCGCUCCUCAGCGGCGGCAGGCUGCUGCCGCCGCGGCCGUUGCCGCCUCACCCCGCUCCCCCCCAGCCCCCGCCCGCCCCCCGCACCUCAACCGCCGCCUUCAACCGCCGCCCUGCGCGGCACCGGAAGCGGAAGGAGCGGCGACGGAAGCGGCGGGCUGAGGUCGAUGCCGAUGGUGGGGCUGGGGCUGCCGCCGGGCGGCCGCGCGGGGAUGGAGCUGGGAGGUGGCCGGAGCCGGUAAGCGCUGGGCGGAGGACGGCCGGCUCCUUCCCCUCGGCCGCUCUCCCCGCCUCUGCCAGGCCGCGCCGCGUUCCCCCCCCGCCGAAGGCUGUGUGGCGGCCGCGGCCGUGCCCUCCCGCCGCGGCGGUCGGCGCUCGGCCCGCCCUCAGCCCCGUCCCCUCCUGCGGCAGCGGCUGCUCGGACCCCGCGACCGGCCCCUUGCCCGCCCUGCUCCGCCUGCGGCCUCUCGACGCCUUCCCGCGGUGCCGCCUGCUCUCGGGGCAGAGCCCGCCCUCCCCUCCGUGCCCCGGUCUUGUCUUCUGGGGCAAAGCCUUCCUCUGCCCCCCCUUCUCCGUGCUACGCUUCGAGCCCGGCAAGGCUGAGGGGAACUCGAAAUGGCAGUUUAAGCAUAAAGAGCGGCUGUGUUGCCGGAUUCCUCUUGCUCGGGAGCAGCUCAGGGUGCCUGCCUUUUCCUUUGGGAGACAAGCACCCGGUGGCUGA